AUUUGCUAAUUUGCAAGCUUCUAUUAUCUUCACUGCUCAGUUGAGAAAUAUAAGAGACAGAACCUUAUUACAGUGAACUCAAAACAUCCUCUCCUCUGGACUGGAGACCCCCCAUGCUUUAUAGUGACGGCGUUGCGGCGGUGGGCGGGACGUACAGCACUGACCGCACGUGAUUAGCUCCUGAAGGGCGCUGUCACUCACGAACCCAAUCCGAGCCGAGCGGUGCGGCCUCAGGCGGAGUUUGAGGAGACGCGCGGCUAGUUUUAGUUUGUGUUGGUUGGACCGGUAUAGGAGGAGGAGGAGGAAGACGAAGAGGAGGAGGAGGAGAAGGAGGAGGAGGAGGAGGAGGAGGCGACGGCUGUCAUUUUUUUUUUCAUUUGUACCAACGGGCACGUUUCUAGGGAGCAAACCCAGGCGGGCGUAUACUGUCCUAUAGGCUCCUUCAGCAGGCGUCUUAUCGGACGGUCUGUCCCGGUUUGUGAUUGAACUUCGGCGGUGAAAGAUAGUGAAGACGGAUGUUUUGGAGGAGACAUUUGAUCAGCCCCGUCUUGGUGCCAUUUUUCGUGCUCUUUUAAGCCCGUUUAACUUUAAUAUCAGUGCUACGUGUCUCUCCACUGCAGAUAAUCUAUGAAAAUUUAAUUUAUAUUAGCGGCUGCAUGUUUGGACGAGUUUCCGAAGCCCACACCGAGAGGGGAGGGAAAAACAUGUCAGUGAGUCAACAGCUGGAGUGGAAAACACACGACGGAUCUCGGUCAGCGUCCUCUCUCGCUUCAUAGCUGACGUAUGGGCUUUAUUCAUUCGUCCAUUCAUUCAGUAAUUCGCCAGGAAACCGAAAAAGCACGAAUAAAUCCAGUGUGCCGCCUCAUAUUUGGACGCUGCUGUAAGAGAGACUGUCGACGGAGGAGAUCUUCAUCGGUCAAGAAAUCCAGCGAUGGACUCGCCGCAUGCAAACCUUGACUGUUUAACAGAUUAAUAACAACGCUGCUUUGGGAAAGCAACAGCAGAAGUUGAGAGGAAGGAAGGACCUAAGGAAGGAAGGAAAGAGAGAUAGACGGGGAAGAAGAGGAAGAAGAGGAAAAGGAGGGAAAGGAGAUCUCCUGUUACUGGCGGAUAACGCGGCUCUCUCGCCCUGCCUAACCCCGGGACUAAUAGACGGAGGGAGGGGAAGGAGAGGCAGAAUGUGGCAUUGGUGUUAGCCUCCACUCUGACUGGGUGAGGGGCAGUGUCGGGUAGCAGGGGACCGCCGGUGGUAGUUAAACCCCCGGUGUGUGUGCGUGCGCGCGUGUGUAUGGGGGUGGUGGUGGUGAAAACCGGUUUUUGAUGCGCGAGAAAGUGACGUGCCGCCCUCCCACCUUCCCGCCCUUUGCCACGAGCCUGUUGUCAACUCAACGGACAAGGCAGCGAAGUACUUCAUUUUUCGCUCCACACUUAGAAAAUCACUACAUUUUGCCAUAUUUCUAUUUUUUUUAAUUUAUUAAUUUGAGUGCCUGUCUGUUGAAGCCCUCACUCUGACUCUCCAAGUCUCGCGGGAUAUAAAGGAAAUAAAAGGGUGAAUCUAAAAGAGAGGACGAGAAAAAAGAUUAAGACAAACAGGAGCCGCCUAUAUGAAGAUGCUGAUGUGUGACCGCGGCGUCCAGAUGCUCGUGACGACGGUGGGCGCGUUCGCCGCCUUCAGCCUUAUGACCAUUGCCGUCGGUACCGACUACUGGCUGUACUCACGCGGUGUCUGCCGCGUGAAGAGCAGCGGCGACAACGACACGAGCCGCAAGAACGAGGAGGUGAUGACGCACUCCGGCCUCUGGCGAACCUGCUGUCUGGAAGGAACAUUCAGAGGUGUGUGUAAGAAGAUUGACCACUUCCCUGAGGAUGCUGACUACGAAGCAGAUGCUGCUGAAUACCUCCUCCGUGCUGUGCGUGCCUCCAGUAUCUUCCCCAUCAUGAGUGUGGGUCUGCUGUUCCUGGGUGGACUCUGUGUAGCUGCCAGUGAGUUUUACAGGAGCCGACACAACGUCAUCCUCAGUGCAGGAAUAUUUUUCGUCUCUGCAGGUCUCAGUAACAUAAUUGGAAUUAUUGUCUAUAUCUCAGCCAACUCGGGUGACCCUGGGCAGAGUGACAGCAAAAAGUCCUACUCCUACGGCUGGUCUUUCUACUUUGGAGCGCUGUCCUUCAUCAUGGCAGAAAUGGUUGGCGUGCUGGCUGUGCACAUGUUCAUUGAGAAGCACCGCAAGCUACGGGCCAAAUCCCGCACCGAGCUCAUCAAAAAGUCCGCCUUCAGCCGCAUCCCCUCUUACCGCUACCGCUUCCGGCGUCGCUCCAGCGUCCGUUCUUCCGAGGCCCCAAGCCGUGACACCUCACCGCUGGGGAAAGGCGGCUACACGGGGCCUGCCGCCUCCGAGAUGCCCAUGUACACGCUGAACCCGCGUGAGGCGGGCAACGCCGGCGUCAAACCUGGCGGUGGCAUGGCCGGCCUGCUCAACUCGGAGAGGGAGUUUCUCCAGAGUAGCACGCUCACUAAAGACUACAGCAAGGACCCCAACCGCAGGACCACGCCCGUCUGAGAGUUGCUGGCUGCAGAUAUCGCCCAAUCAGAGGAUCAAAGAGAAGGGUGAUGAGAAAUACAGGGGAGCAAGAGCAGGGGACACACAGGGUUAUGGGGAGGGAACAAAGGGAUUUGAUAAACCUUGACUGUGAACUGUGAACUUUUAGCCUUUGAACUGUGAAUCCUGAGCCCUGUGAGAGUUUCAGUGUGUGUAGCAGGGUCAGUUUUGAUGGAGAAGUUGUUCCUAACUCCACAUUACCACAUAUCACUGUAGUCAUACCUGUAACCUUACGUAAGAAGGCACAUACAGUUUAUGUUCAUAAAUUGACUUCCUGGUUUUUUAAAGGUGAAAGAAACAGGACUGUCCCAUAUUUAAAAGCAUAUUGCAAGUGGUUUGCUGUUUGGAGCAACUUCUCCUAAAAAAUGAAAAUAAUGUGAACUAAAGGAGAAGGGGAAAGAGGUGAGACUCUGGGUGAUCUUUGACCUUUUGACCUCUGUCCUCCUGACCUUUUGGAUAGCAGCAGAGUUGGAUUAGUGCAGGGACCAGCCGUCAAGCGCCGAGGCUGUCUCUCUCUGAUCACAAUACUGUUUAAAAGUGAGUAAGUUAACACCUCAGGAUGGGGACUGAUUCACUUUCAGUUCAGAUGGACUCCAGACAGAAGUUGAAGAUGCAGUUUGUCCAUUUAAUGGCAGCACAUUUGUGGCACUAUUUAUUAUUUCUCUAGAUAUUGUAUAUAUACUGUUUUCAUAUUGACUGAUGGGUUUAAUCAUGGAAAAGCUCACUUCAUAACUGACUGAACUGAACCUGAAUUAAGCUCAAUCCUGCUAAUAUUUAACCCCACCUGUCUGAUCCCUGUAGUACACUGACUGCAGAUCAGUCGUUGGGUG